GUGACACGCAUAAUGGUGGCAUAAUAUGCAACGCGGAUAAACACGAGAGCAUUCGAAAUGGUCGUUUGACGGGCUACUCAGUUGGUGAAAAGACGUGUCCAGAAGGUUUGAUGUGAUCCUGAUUCAUUGAAGAACUAAACAAGCAAGACAUUCUCCAAAACCUGAGGAAACAUGGGUAGUUUUGGAGGUCACACCCUUCCAGGAUCAUUCUUCAUCCUGUUUGCAUUAUGGUGGACAGUUCAGAUGUUUCAUAGAUACUAUAGUUGUCGUCAAAGAAAUGCACGCUUUCUUUCCACAGCAACAUAUCCCUGUGCAUGUCUCUGUGGGAAAUUGGCAGAAUGGCCAUUGGAACCAGUGGUGAAAUUAUUCUUUGUUACCGUCGGUUUUAGUUUAGAAAUAUAUACCGGUUUUAACGAUGGAAAGUUCACAGCUCUUGGAAAUGGACAACAUGCCACUAUGUUCUUCUUUUUUGGACUGACAGGUGUCAUGGAUUUGUUGCUAUACUUCAAAGCUCCAGUGCCUAAAGACAUUGAUUAUGUUACUAUGUGGUUGGCUGUGUUAGUGGAGGGCAUCCUCUUUAAGUUCCACCUACAUGGCAGGAAUGAACUGGAUGUCCUCCUUCACACACUCCUCAUUUACACUAUUGGCGCCAACUUGCUGACACUCACAGCAGAGAUGAAGUGGAGGAACAAUAUUCUCAUCGCAUUGGCACGAACCUAUUUCAUUUUCUUACAAGGAACAUGGUUUUGGCAGGUGGCUUUUAUCCUUUACAAUCCGUCACCUGCUGCAGAAGAGUGGAAUCCAGAGGACCACGAUUCAUUGAUGAUAGCGACAAUGUUCUUUACCUGGCAUUGUGGUGCUGUUUUCUUAACAAUGCUAGCAAUAGGAGGCUUCGUGGCAUGUUUUCAUAAAAGAUUUAAAGAUUUCAAUGAAAAUGAAAUGGCAAUGAAACGGUUGAUACAUACAGGUGCCAAUGGACAGACUCUGAUCAGUAUGAACGACGAUAGUGACAGUGAGAUAGAGUUCCAGAAGUCUGCAGUGGGUCAAUAGGACUUGCAAACCCAGUUACAACUUGUUGUUGUGGACACCAGCAGCACUUGCUUGCAAAGUUGUGUUCAAUCUGAAUCAAUAUCUAUCCAGUUUAUUUAUAUGUCAAGUUGACAGGUGUUUUGAUGUUUAUGUGAACAACAUUGCCGCCUUGUUAUGUUCAAGAAACGAAGCUGAUUGAGGCCUUAUCAUGUGUCGGUAUAUCUAGACUGACCUGUCAGUGCUUGUCCUUCAUCUUUGUUGGGACUCAAAGCCAACAGAUGCGACUUCUGCACCAGGUUAGGUCAAAACUGUGUUUUCAAGCUACCAAUCAGGAUGAUUUCCCUAAGGUAUGCACUCAAGAGUCCCAAAUCAUAUAUUGCAUUCCAGGAACACAGAGCAAGGACAAGGAGCAAUGUGACUGACUACUGGUUCCAAUCCUGUCUCACACUUCUACCAUGUUUACAAGAUGUGUGUUUAAUAUACAUCUGGAACACUCCUAUGAGUAUGUGUCCCACAGUCAGUCAUCUUUACUGUUAUUGCAUCAGACAACGAUGUUACAAUAUCAUAUCACAAAAUUGAAAGCCUAUCGAAAUGUUUUUGACCGACAAUUGUCAUAGUGUCGCCUGGCAACUGACGUCAACCUAAGAAAUAAUCAUUCGUGUAUAUGUACAAGCUUACUCUGAAGGUCUCCUUUAUGUUUGAGCUAUAAUUAUGAUAUAUCAUACUUUUUCUGCUCUUUUCAAAUAUGUUAUUAGUUUAUAUGUUUAUUAUACAGAAAUUGUGCUCUAUAUGUACUGUAUAAUUUGCAUCUCUGAUGUCAUGAAUUAACAAAAUAUAGGAUAAGAGGUGGGAGAAAACUCUUUGGUGAAGAAUUUCUCUAUUUCUCAAAAAGAAAAUUAUCGGUAAGAAAAAAGAGAAACACAUAGAAAAUGAGGCUCAAAUUUUUCUGAUUUGAAUAAGAAACUUCUUUUUUUGACCAAUAUUUAUGGAAAAAUUCUCCUGCUCAAACCAAUAUUCUGUGCUCAAACCCUAUUCCUUGUUUUAGGGUUAAAUUUUCAAGUUCAACAUUUUUCCAGUGAUUUGCAGGAACUUUAGAGAGAAUUGAAUCCAAAUAGCAUGUUCAGUCAUGUACCAACGUUUUGGCUGAGUCCAACAAUUUCCCUUGAGUUAAGAAAAGAUCAUGAAACCAUUUUCAUUAUCCAGCAUGCAUUUUGUUAUGUGCUUGGUUAAAUUCAUGUCACAGGAUCAAAAAUUCAAAUUCAAACAAAACGAGUUUUGGCUUAAUAUCUCCUCAAUGUCGUCCAUAUGAUUGAUAAAAUGUCAGUUUCAUUAAUUUAUCACCAGAAAAAAACGGCUUGAGCACAGAAUCUGAGUUGGAGCAUGAAAACUGUUUCAUGAAUGCGAGCCCAGAAUCUGUGUAACAGCAUGAGAAUGGUUUCACGAAUAUAGGCCUUGGUAAGUUAAUUUAUGACAAUUCCAUUUUACCUGAUGUACCUUCGGUAUCACGGUUGUCUGUCCAGAUCAAUUUUAAGUUUUAGCAUGCCAUAAAACAGGUUUGAAAUGAAAAUCAUAACAUGAAAGUAUUCUGCCUUUUCUCCAGAUUUUCCGUGCAAGUAAACAGAUAUGAGAAUUUAUUUCCUGUUGUCCAUGCUUGGGUUCAACGGAUUCCCUGCCAAAUAUUUCAAUGACACAAAUGUAGUCCCAUGCGAUGCUUAUUGUAUCGAUAUAAAUAUAUUGAAAACUUGCUACAAUUCAUAAACCGGUACGUACAUGAAUUUUAUUUCACAAUAUAAUAAUCUCAGUAUGAUGUCAAUUUUUUCUCCCUGUGUCGAACGUUUACUUGGAUUUAUAGUACUGGUACUGUAGUUCAACUUUCAACCUAUUUCUAUAGAUGUUUCCCUACUUUUCCCUUCAACAGCCCCCCAUAUAAUGUCCUUUAUUUGCUGGACAAAUGAAUGAUGGCAAUGUAAGUAGAUCGUUAUAAAUGAAUUAGUGUUGUGUGCUUAAACUUUGUAACAUUUUCUAAAAUCUGAAAAAACGGACAAAUUUAACAAAUUAAAUUGCUUAUGGUGAGUUAGCGCAGCACAUAUACACUCUAAUUGGUUUUGAAGUUAAGGCACUGUCAUAUACACGUGUAGUUUUUAUUCAUAUUUGUAUUUUAUUUAUUGGUUCCCCUCUGGUACUACCAAAGGGGACCAGGUUUGUACUGUCUGUUCAUCAGUCAGUCGGACCCCACUACGUACUGUACGGGUUUAUGUCGUUUUGUUCACCCUGAAUCACUUUUUGGGUGUAUAUCUCUUAAAUCAUGUCGCCUACAGUCACACAUAAUUUGAACCUAAGUGUGUACCUCUUGCUAAGGAAGAAUGUCAUGUCCUGAAAUCUGCUCUUUAUACAGAUCCAAAUUACCAAUAAUGGCCCUUUGUUACCUUGUUUGAAAACAUGUAUAAUAUUUAUUCACACACAACCUAGGCCAUUAGGUCAAAUAGAAAAAGCAUGGCAAUUUGAGAUAAUUUAUUGUUGAUGAAUACAUAUUAGAGAAACCAGGUAUGCCAUAUAAACAGUCCUAGAAGUAAUACAUGAUAAUUAUAAUGAUAGAUGUAGUUGUUUGUGACUGUUUAGCUGAGAUACAGACCCGUACACGUUCGCUGUUCCACCUUGGACGCAAACGGUACAGAAGUGCUACGCAAACGGUACGGAAGUGCUACGCAAAUGGUACAGAAAUGGUAUGCAAGUGUUACGCAAACGGUACGGAAAUGCUACGCAAACGGUACGCUGAAAGUGGAACGGGUCUGUACUGUAGAUUGAAAUAUUGUAAAUGUAAUAAGAUAAAGAAUAUGCAGUAUCAAUACAUAGAAGUUGUUAGAUAAACAGUACUGUCUAUAGGGAGAGAUGAUGCAUGGAUAUAGUUUGAAAAUAUCUGGAGUCCUAGUUCUUAGAAUAACUGUAUUCAUUAUAACCUGUAGCUUAAGUAGUUUUUGUAAAUCUUCUAGUGGUCAAAUGAGUUUUGUGCAGCUGACAGCCUGCCAAAUCACUAUAUAGUAUUGUUAAUACCUCAGAACCAAGUAUGUUUUAAUAAUACAAGAAUGUCAUAUUUAUAAAUAAUACAGGUAGGACAUAUGUAUAAAUAGUACAGGUAUGUCAUAUGUGUAAA